ACAAUAAACGUAGACUUAUAACUAGCAGAGAUAUUACAUGGUGUCAGAAGCGGGAUACCAUAAAAGCAAUUAACAUGGCAUCAAGUAACCUUCAAUGGGCAGCCCCCAAACCUCUGAAAUUAGACGGGAACGUUAGCGAAAACUUUCGUAAGUUUGAGGAGCACUGGACGCUGUUCGAGAAGACCGAACUUAAAGGACGCUCUGAAGAGGAAAGAUGUUCCUACUUUCAUUUGUGUGUAGGAGAAAGGGGCAGAGAAGUAUAUAAAACCUUAACAUUCGCAACGCCAGAAACAGAGACCAAUGCUGAGGGAGAAAUAACGUGGUUGAGAACAACGAGUGAGUUAAAAUCCGCGUUUAAAACCUACUGCAACCCAAGAAAGAACAUAACGUAUGAAAGACAUAAAUUCAACAUACGAAAUCAAGAAGACAACGAAAGCAUCGACCAGUAUGUGACUGUUCUACGCACUCUCGCCGCAACAUGUGAGUUUGAAGCACUUCAUGACGGGCUUAUUCGCGAUCGAAUAGUAUGUGGAAUACGAAACCAAAAUAUCAAAGAACGCUUACUUCGAGAGUCGGAUUUAACACUGCCGAAAGCUGUAGAUAUAUGUCGAGCGUCUGAAGUAUCUCGCGAGCAAAUGAAAUCUCUAAACGACCAGAAUUCUGCCAAUGUCGACACAUUGGGGAAUGAUCAGCUAAAACAUGGUUAUAAAGGGAAAUUUCACAACCAAAAAAGCAAAAACAACAAACCGGAAAACGGAAGAUCUCCAAAGAAAUGCGGCAAUUGCGGUCGAAUUCACGAGCCGAAAUCAUGUCCGGCAUAUGGGAAAAAAUGUAAUAAUUGUCAGAAAUUGGGACACUUCGCUAAGUACUGCCGAUCACAAACAAAAAACAACAAGAAAUCGAUACACGACGUCGAUUAUGAAAGCGACUCUUCAGCGCACGGAAUAGAUAUGGUUAAGACAGCUGUCACAAGUGACAGUGAUGAGGAACACGCAUAUCUAAAAAUAAACAACAAGACAAUCCGAGUGAAACUUGACUCUGGGGCAGAAACAAACGUUCUGAGUAAGAAAGAUUAUGAAACUAUUAUUCCAAAGCGGCAACGUUUUAGUAAAUUGAAGCUCAGCACAGCAAAAUUGACUGCUUUCGGAGGUCACAAUAUUCCAGUCAUAGGGAAAUGCUAUUUAAAAUGCCAAUACAAAGGAACAACGCAAGUACUCGAGUUUCAAGUGGUUGAAAAUGGUAAAUCAUUGCUUGGAUGCGCCAACUGCAAAAGUAUGAAGCUCGUAACAUUCCACAAUGUAGAUCAAUUGCGCAGUAAACAGAACGACGGGGCUACACACGUAAGUUCACUGACAGGACUUUCCAGAGAACAAAUAUUUGAAAAAUACUCAAAAUGCUUUGACGGAUUAGGACGCAUAUCAGAUCCUUAUCAUAUCAAGAUCAAGCCUAAUGCAACACCUGUCGUUCAUCCUCCUCGUAAGAUACCUUCAGCACUGAGAGAACGUGUCCACAACGAGCUAACGGAUAUGGAAUCCAAAGGAAUAAUUAAGAAAGUGAAUGAGCCGACAGCAUGGGUCAACUCGAUGGUAGUUAAUGAAAAACGCUCUGGAAAGUUACGCAUUUGCAUCGAUCCACGUGACCUCAACAAAGCUUUGCUCAGAGAACAUUACCAGCUUCCCACCCAGCAAGAGAUUACCAGCCGUUUGACCAAUGCCAAAUUCUUCAGCAAACUGGAUGCAAACUCGGGAUUUUGGCAAAUGCCUCUUGACGAGGAGAGCUCUUACCUGACGACGUUUAAUACGCCAUUUGGUAGAUAUCGUUUUACUGUAAUACCCUUUGGAGUAGUGUUCGCACAAGAGGUGUUUCAUAAAACAGUACACGAGAAGUUCCAGCAUUUACCGGGAUGCGAAACAGAUAUCGACGAUAUACUAAUCUGGGGACGGACACUGGAGGAACACGAUCGCAACCUGGAGCGUGUUCUCAAUCGUGUAGCAGACGUCAAUAUGACACUAAGCAAGGAUAAGUGCCAGUUUCGGCAAACCGAGAUAACAUACCUUGGAGAAACGUUAACAGCGUAUGGUGUCAAACCUGAUGAGAGCAAGGUUGAAGCAAUCAAGAACUACCCCAAACCAGAAAACAAGCAGGACGUCCAACGGUUGUUGGGCAUGGUUAAUUUCAUCGCCAAGUUUGCACCAAAUGUUUCGGACGUCACCGCUCCACUGAGAGAACUUAUAAAGAAGAACAUUGAAUUCCACUGGCAUGAAACACAUGAGAAAGCAUUUCAAGAUCUACAACAUUUACUAACUCAUCCUAAUACUCUCCGUUAUUACGAUGUAGCAAAACCAGUGAUACUCCAAGUCGACGCUUCACAGAAUGGCCUUGGAGCUGCUUUAAUUCAAGACCAGGGUCCAGUAGCUUACGCAUCAAAAGCCAUGAAUGACACACAACGACGUUACGCGCAGAUUGAGAAGGAGCUGCUAGCUGUCGUCUUUGCCUGUAAACGCUUCCAUCAAUAUGUCUAG